CUAUUGGGUUUGUUUAUUUUUCGCAAAAAAAAAAUGAAGUUCCAAAUGUUCUGAUUUUCAAAGUUGACACAACUGCUUCUCACAAAAAUGACAUCUUGUUGCAGAUGCUGCACAGCCUUUCAACCAAGAUAUAAAAAGUUAGUGGACAGCAUCUUCCCAGCUGAUCCAAAGGAUGGGCUGGUGAAGAGUAACAUGGAUAAGUUGACAUUUUUUGCUAUGAAGAGUCCUGAUAAACUGGAUCGAAUUGGAGAGUAUUUAGCUCAGAGUUACGUGUUCAUAGCAAUGGAGGCUCUGGAUAUCCUUUUGGUAACCUGCCACGCUCAGUCUCUGAAUUUGUUUGUCGAGAGUUUUCUUAAAAUGGUUCAGAAACUGCUAGAGACAUGUGAACCAAGUCUGCAAACACUGGCCACAGCUUCUUUUGUGAAGUUUGCAAACAUAGAGGAAGACACACCAUCGUACCAUCGCAGAUAUGACUUCUUUGUAUCACACUUCAGUGCUCUCUGCCACACGAAGGAAUCUACCACCAAUGAUUACAUCAAAUUGAGAGUAUCUGGUUUGCAAGGCUUGCACGGAGUCAUUCGUAAGACAGUGUCAGACGAACUACAGUGCAACAUUUGGAAACCACAACACAUGGAUAAGAUCAUCCCUUCUCUACUUUUCAAUAUGCAAGAAACGUCAAGGAAUUCCACAUUGGAGCCAGAAAGUCCAAAAGAUGAGGAGAAUCCGGCUUAUGUUGCUGAAACUGUUUUCAGAGAUUUUGUGUGCAGAGCAUCUUAUGGAAACAUCAGCUCUGUCAUAAAACCUGUCCUAACUCACCUUGACAACCACAACCUGUGGGUCCCUAAUGACUUUGCAGUCAGGUGUUUUAAGAUCAUCAUGUAUUCAGUCCAGGCCAGUAUUGUAGAUGUUUUAUCAGAGACAGUCCUCAUAUCAGCUGGUGGAUCGAUAGGACCAUCAGUGCUUGAAGUGUUCAACACGUUACUGCGACAUUUGAAAAUUUCUGUUGAUACAACAAUCAGGGAAAGGCAGAAGGCAAACGAGGAACGACAUUUUCAAGAAGCUAUUGCGUUAGUUGACCUUCCGACCAGUGGUUUUGCCAACAACUUACCGGAUUACCAGAAAAUCGAGAUAAUGAUGUUUGUGAUGGGCAAGGUGCCUCUACCUUCAGACAAAGAUAAAGAUGCAUCUGAUGUUAUGCUACAAACGAUGCUGUUGAAAAGUCUUCUUAAAGUGGCCACAAAGUACAAGACAAUAUCCGUGCCAAAUGCACUACCCAUCUCGUUCUUGGACCCCCUCCUAAAAAUUUCUCUGGUGCAAGAUCCAGGAAUAAGAAGAUUAGUGCAGGAAAUACUGCAUACUUUGAUUGACAGACAUGAAAAUCUUUCAAAACUCAGAACUGUUCAAAUAUUCUCUGAUAUCAAAGCCACAGCGCUUGUAAUAAAGAAACCUCAAAAGCAGGAUAUAUUAUUCAUUAAAAAGAAUGGGUCAAACAUAUAUUGGCAUCUACAUGAAAAUACCUGUUUCCUCAAUAACAAGGUUGAUAAUUUUGAGAGCAUCUACAUAACAAUGGUCUUGAUAUAUGUGGAGAUGGGAGCCGAAGACGUACUGGUUGAUCUGAUUAGGCUAGCUCUUGAGAUACAAAACACGGCACUUACCGGCAAUAUUCCAGUGACUCACAAGUGUGCCAUGCAUGCGCUAGUCGCUGCUUUCUUAUCCAUCGUCAGUCUGGCAGCUGAUCUGAGUCCACUGACUAAAUACAUAUCACAGGUAAUACAAGAAAGAAAGAAGAACGCACCUUGCUACCUGCCUAGUGUGGCAUUCAACAGAUCAAAUACGUCUGCUAGCUACCCGUCAGACAGUGCAAUGAAGGAAAGCUGGCUGUUCAAUGUUGACGUCAUAUCUGAAAAGUUAAAAUCACAAGGUUUCGAAGUUUCCAAGUUGAACGCUGCACUCGUGUCUAGGCCUGCCUCCGUUGUGAUACAAGAUACUUCUGGUAGCCUGAGUGACAUACAUUCCAUCAUUGAACCCGACAGUCCAUCUUCUACACCAGGAAUGGGAAAGGUGGAAGCAGACCCGGAAGCAGAACAAAGUGAAAAAAUUCGCCAGCAGAAGAUAUAUGAAUCUUUUCGAACGGGUCCUUUUGAGGAAAUUGUGGCUCGAUCUGAAGCUAAAAAUCAAAAAUUUCAGAAACGCUUGAACGAGAUAUUGGAUUCAAUCGGAAAUUCCACAGAAACUUCAUCGCCAAGCAAAUUCAAUUUGAGUCACGGUGGUGAAGAUGGCGAAGAUGAGGACCCAUUUUUGUUCAAAUACGAGCUUGCAUCCAAAGGCAAUAUCAACCAUGGCGUGAAUGAUGAAGUGUGCAAUUCAAAACUAUUGUACAAUGUCCAUUUUUUCCUACUGGUUGCAAAGAAGUCAACUUGCAAUGGAUUUUGUGUAGCGCUGAAUUACGAUUGUGAUGUGGUCAUAGUCGGGUCUGGAGUGCUUGGAUCGGCACUGGCCACUGUUCUGUCGAGAGAUGGCAGGAAAGUAAUUGUGGUGGAAAGAAAUCUGAAACAACCAGAUAGAAUUGUUGGUGAACUUUUACAGCCUGGUGGUUGCAAGGCUUUGAACGAACUUGGAUUGGGAGAAUGUUUGGAGAAUAUAGACGCACAACAAAUACUUGGCUACGUAAUUCACGACCAUAAUGAAGAAAGUUUAGGACUCAGUUUUCCGACGGAUCAUGAAGAUAUUAGAGGAGCUAAAGCGUUUGUUCACGGCCGUGUUACUUAUGUAGAAGGCGUGGCCACUAAAUUGAUUGAAAGCGGUGAGAGUGGAAUCGUUGAAGGCGUAAUGUACAAACUAAAAAAUGGCGCUGAUCAAAAGAUAUCUGCCAAAUUGGUUAUUGUUGCUGACGGAUGUUUUUCAAGAUUAAGAAAAAACCUUGUAAAGGAAAUGCCAAAACUUGUUUCUACAUUUGUUGGUUUGGAGCUCAAAAACUGCGACCAAAUAAAACCAAACUUUGCCGAAAUAGUUCUCACAGAUCCUUCUCCAAUCUUAAUUUAUAAAAUCUCAUCCACUACAACAAGAAUGCUUGUUGAUGUGAGGUCACAAAAUUUACCGAAAGAUAUCAAAACUCAUUUGAAGGAUAAACUUUAUCAUCAAUUACCUGAGCAUUUGCAAGAACCUUUCAUAAGAGCUCUAGAAGAAGGAACGAUCAAAUCAAUGCCAAAUAACUUUUUACCUCCAUCGCCAAUUUUCAGAAAAGGAGCAAUGGCGUUGGGAGAUGCCAUGAACAUGAGACAUCCAAUCACUGGAGGUGGAAUGACUGUUGCACUGUCAGAUGCAGUGAUGUUCACGAACUUACUGAGACAAAUCCAUGAUCUCUCAGAUUAUGAUUCGGUUUUGAAAUUACAAAAAUCUUUGCAUUACAAGAGAAAAACAAACCACUCAUUCGCGGUUAAUGUGUUGUCGAUGGCUCUCUACGAAUUGUUUGCUGCAGAAAACAGUAAUGAUGAUAUAAUUUGA